AUGGCCGCUAUCGUCUCUUCCGCUGCGCCAACGACGCCGACUCCCCCGCGCGCCCGGAGGCCUCGACAGGCGCCCAGGAAUAGGCGCCUCCCCCUUGGAGGCCCCGCGGCGGGCCUCUUCACCACGCUCGGACUGAAUGGCAGCGGCGCCGCUCUCGCCGCCCCACUCUCCUACGAGGAGAUGCUGCGGCUCUCGUCCGACACCGCCGGUGGUGGGGGUGACGGGUUCUCCCUCCCAGACCUCGGCCUCGGCGGGUUGGUGGACUUCGUCGCGCAGAACCCGCUCGUCGUCGCCGCGGGCCUCGCCGUGGUAGCCGUGCCGUUGGCCGUUUCCCAGGUUCUUGGCGGCGCCUCCAAGCCAUACGAAACCGUGUCCGUGAAGGCCGCGUACCGGAGGCUUCUGGAGGAGCCAGACGCGCAGCUCGUCGACAUCAGGCCGCUCAAGGACGCCCGGGAGGUCGGCUUGCCGGACAUCUCGGAGGCCAAGAAGAAGGCGGUGGCCGUGCCCUACGACGGGGAGGACAAGAACGGUUUCUUGAAGAAGCUUGCGCUGAGGUUUAAGGACCCGGAGAACACCACAUUGAUCAUCCUUGACAAGUUUGAUGGGAACUCUGAACUAGUUGCUGAGCUUGUCACAUCCAAUGGCUAUAAAGGUGCUUUUGCGGUAAAGGAUGGUGCGGAAGGACCUCGGGGAUGGCAGGUGCAGAGCAGUGAUCUUCCGUGGACUGCUCCCAAGAAGGGAUUCAGUUUGGACUUCGGUGAGCUAUUUGGGGAUGGUUCAGAAGGUUUGCCUGUCACAAUUGGUCUUGCUGCAGCUACUGGUUUGGGAUUACUUGCCUACACAGAGAUAGAAACCGUGCUACAGUUUCUGGGUUCAGCUGCCAUUGUCCAGCUUGUGGCAAGCAAGCUCGUGUAUGCCGAGGAUCGAAAGAAGACCCUGCAACAGAUUGAUGAUUUCUUUAACAAGAAGAUUGCGCCAAAGGAGCUUGUUGAUGAAAUUAAGGAAAUCGGGCAGGCUCUCCUGCCUUCAUCUGGUGAAGCUAAGAGCCAACCAGCAGCAGCAACAGCGGCAGCGCCCCCUGCUGCCACGGCAACUGCUGCACCAGUAGCAGAACCAGCAGCCCCAGCUGCUGCCACGGCAACUGCUGCCCCAGUAGCAGAACCAGCAGCCCCAGCUGCUGCCACGGCAACUGCUGCACCAGUAGCAGAACCAGAAGCCCCAGCUGCAGAAGCCAGCACAGAGUCGCCUCCUGAUACCACAACAUCAUCGAGACCCCUGUCACCAUUUGCAAAUUACCCAGAUCUCAAACCACCGGCCAGCCCUUCCCCACCAGCUUCAGAGGGUAAAACCGAGGUGAAGGCCACCGUUGUCGCAGCAACCGAAUCGCCGGCGGAAGUUAACUCGGCACCGGUGGCAGAAGCUGUCGAAGAGUCAUCGCCUCCUGCGAAGCCCAGGCCUCUUUCGCCAUAUGCGAACUAUCCAGAUCUCAAACCGCCGGCCUCUCCUUCGCCUUCGCCGCCUUAG